GUAGGCAUGGAGAGCGCAACCCAACUCGACUGCUCUUGUUUCUAAUGGGAUGACAGCUGAUUCUGGCGAGCCAGCGUCAGCUCUGUCCGCUCCGCCGCGUCACUUUCUGCCACCAACAUGUUUCCUCGGCCUCUGUCCUAACAGGAGACGAUUCUCCACACGGAUCGGGAACUUGCGAGCAACUCCAGAUCCGCGGUCCGUGUCGCUGCUCAAGUUGAUCGCGAAGAAAAAAAAAAAAAGCAACUCCGCCACCACAUCACCGACCCAAAAAAGUUGGAUACCUUGUCUGACUGGAUAUAACAGCCCGAUCCUGGUUUCCGCAGGACAUCCGACCACUUUAUAGGAUAUGAGUAAUGGAGGCGGGAUCGGUGGUGCGUGCGGUGUUUGAGUUUCUCCCCAGCGUCUCGGAGGAGCUGCCGCUCUUCACCGGCGAUGUCAUCGAGGUGCUCAGCGUGGUGGAUGAGUUCUGGUUGCUAGGUAACAAGGAUGGGGUCACAGGCCAGUUUCCCAGCACCUUUGUGGAAUCCGUCACCAUUCCCAGCACCAAGCCUGGGGACAGACUUUACGUGUGCAUCAACGAUUUCAACUCAGCAGAAGCGGGGAACCUGUCCCUGAAGAGAGGCGAUGUUGUUGUCCGGGAGGGUGGAGGGACCAUGGACCUGGGAGAAGCCUGGCAACGUGGUUGUAAUGCCUGGGGUGCCCGUGGUCUUUUUCCCACAUCGUGUGUGAAGGAGCUGACUCUGUCAGGCCGCUCCAGGCAGCUGUCAGAGCGCUCGGCUCAGGCACAGGCUUUGGAGCUCCCGCCUUACGCCCUGGGCCAGGCCCGGGCCCUCAUGAACCUCCAUGCACAGCUCAGUGAAGAGCUGGACUUCCGUGAGGGGGACUUGAUCAUCAUCACCGGCCUGCCAGAGCCAGGCUGGUUCCAGGGGGAGCUGGAGGGCCGCAGGGGAAUGUUCCCAGAGGGUUUUGUGGAGCUUUUGGGUCCCCUCCGAUCUCCACAGGAACCCAUGGACUGCGAUUAUUUGAACUAUGAGUCUCAGCCUUUGAGCUAUGAUGAUCCUUAUGAUACAGGGGAGGGGAUUGAGGAGGAGGAGGGAGAAGAAGAAGAAGGGAUGGUGUUCAUGAGGGAAGAGGAGGAGCAUGAAGAGAAGGAUGUGGUAGUAGAAGAGGAGGAGGAGGAGGAGGAGGAGGAGGAGGAGGACGGUGUUUAUGGAGUAGCACUAUAUGAGUUCCGGGCCCUUGAACCAGGCGAGUUGGACUUUGACGUGGGUGACCGUAUACGUGUGAUAAACACCUUAGAAGAUGGUUGGCUUGAGGGUGAGCUGAGAGGGCAGCGUGGUGUCUUUCCCCAUCGUUUUGUUAAAAUUGAGGGCGAUGGGCAGAAAACAGCAGAGGAUGUGAAUGCUGUCGUACCAGAAGGAGAGAACGAGGGGAACAGCUGCUCCUCAGAGUACAGCUCAGGUCAGCUGUGUCCCAGCAGGUCGGAGUAUGAUUCUGAAUGGAGAUCAUUUGAGGAUCACACUGUGUGGGACCUGGACUACUUUGAGAGAACUGAGGAGCACAGGCAGCAAAGGGAGAAUAUAAAUGAUAGUAAUGGAGCCCAAAUGCGGGACCGAGGGCAGAAAGAGGACGGUGUCAGGCCUGAUCCUCAGCCUCGUAGACCUGCUGCCCCAGCCCAGCGAGGGCCUGAGAGACCCAAAUCCACUCCUCCAGCAAGGCCCAGACUCCCUCCUCGGCCUAGCCUACCAGCACCCAGUCACAGGACCCACGUUAGCCCAUCCUCUAACACAGACACUAGUAGUAGGUCUCACUAUGUGAAUGCUAAAACAAGGUCCCAGCCACCCAAACACAUUCAUAGCCUAACUCUUCCCAGCACUCAGCCUGGUUGGUCAAAAGACAGCAGACACUACCACAGGCCACCAGCUGAUGGUGCCACCAGCAAUAACAGAGGUGCCACUCUUGGCAAGGCUUUAUUGAGCCUUGUUGAGGGCCACAAGCAAAAGAAGCUAACUCGCCAUGCUAGUGUCAGCGAUGCCGACAUGAUUAUGGACAAUGCUGAGAGACGGGCGCAUUCUCAGCAGGCGGUGCGCGGAUCUAAUGGCUUAAUGUCCACUUCCUUAACUUUGAAUGCCCUCAUGACCACAGCCAGCGACUUGGAGACCAAACUGACCCAGCAGCUUUUUGAAUUUGAGAGAAGCUUAAAUGCUGUGCAUGGUGGCCCCAAGGACAUGUCUGCUGCUGAUAACCUCAACAACCAGUCCCGUAUCUCACGCCACUUUUCGAUUCUGGACUACAGCAGCGAGAGUGACAUCAUCCGAGGCUCCUCCCACUCCCCUGUGUCCCACCUCCUGCAGCCCUCAUCUUCUACCUCUUCAUCUUCCUCAUUGGAGAGGCGCAAGACCCUCCGCCCUCCUCCUCCUCGCCCCAGAAUCCUUCGGCCCCCAGCCCCGCCAACGUAUAGACCGGCCCGUCCUGCUCCAUGCCCUCCUCCUCCGUGCCCAAGACAAAAUUCUGCCCCUCCAACCAGCAUCUCUCAGUCCAGCCACCCCAUCUUCUACAGCCCCGAUGAGCCGACCGAAAACCAAACAGCCGAGGAAAGAGUCGAGCUUGGUGACCUUGGAGCGCUCCAGGAAGAGGAAAUCCACAGCCAACUGGAAGAGGAGAGAGAGCUGGAGAAGGAGAUGGAGCUGGAGAGGCAGAGAGAGCAGGAGCAGGAGGAGCACUACCAGCUGUUGCUACGACUACAAGAGGUGGAGAGCGACAUGGAGGCGUAUGCACACACGGCAGAGGAGCUCAGGGCCAUGCUGGAGGAGGAGGAGGAGGAGACGGCUCGCAUGCAGGCCCUGGAGAACCUGGAGUUCUGUAACUACACUCUGGAGACGCUGGCCCUGGAGCAGCAGCAGCUACAAGAGAUGACCCUCCUGUCGUCCCAACCCAAACCCCUGGAGUCCACCCCGGUCUCAGACACAGCCGCCGCCGCCGGCAGCACCGAGGACCCCGAGCUGCGGAUGCUGGAGAAGAGGACGAAGGUCAUCGAGGAGCUGCUGCAGACAGAGAAGGACUACAUCAAAGAUCUGCAGAUGUGUGUCAAAGAGAUAAUCCAGCCGCUGCAGCGCAAACAGGUGCAGAACGUGGACUUUGAUGGUCUCUUCGGCAACAUCAGCUCUGUGAUUGACCUGUCACAACGUCUGUUCAAGACCCUGCAGGACACUGACUCCAUCGGAAAGGUCUUUCUGGACUUCAAGUCAGAGCUGGAGGAGGUAUACAAGAUCUACUGCCAGAACCAUGAUGAUGCCAUCUCUCUCCUGGAGACCUACGAGAAGGAUGAAAACAUCCAGCGGCAUGUGCUGGAGUGUCUGGAGAAGCUCAGAGCUGUGUAUCGAGAGUGGGGGAAGACGAAUUACAUAAAUCUGGGCUCCUUCCUGAUCAAGCCGGUGCAGCGGGUGAUGCGCUACCCGCUGCUGCUGAUGGAGCUGCUGGGAGCCACGCCCGAGAGCCAUCACGACCGGCCCCAUCUGACCCAGGCCCUGCAGGCCGUCAAGGAGAUCAACGUCAACAUCAAUGAGUACAAACGCAGAAAGGAUCUGGUGGUGAAGUACAGAAAAGGAGACGAAGAUACGCUGAUUGACAAGAUCUCCAAACUGAGCAUGCACUCCAUCAUUAAGAAAUCCAACCGAGUCAGCAGCCACCUCAAACACCUCACAGGAAUAUCACCCCAGAUCAAAGAUGAAGCGUUUGAUGAGGCUGAAAAGAAGUUCAGGCUGCAGGAGAGGCUCAUUAAAUCUUUUAUUCGGGACAUUUCCUUGUACCUGCAACAUAUACGGGAAUCGGCAUCUGUGAAGGUGCUGGCAGCCAUCAGUUUCUGUGACAUCUACACAGAGCACAGUGUCCUGGACCCCGAGCGCUUCCAGAGAGCCCACCGUUGCAUUAGCGACAAGCAGUUCACGCAGUUUAAAGAGCGCACAGAGGCCUUAGUCAUCAACCCGCUCACUCAGCUCCUCCUCAUGUUUGCUGGGCCGCACAAACUCAUCCAAAAGCGUUUUGACAAGCUGCUUGACUAUGACAACUGCAAGGAGCGUGCAGAGCGCCUGAAGGACCGCCGGGUCCAAGAGGAGCUGCAGGUGGCACGCAACAACUAUGAGGCGCUCAAUGCCCAGCUUCUGGACGAGCUCCCCAAAUUCCACACUGUGGCAGAGGAGUUGUUUACUGGCUGUGUGCGGGCCUUCGCUCAAUCCCAGAAGGACUUCAUGAAGAUGACACUGGGAGAGCUGCAGCCCCUCCUACAGUUUUCUGGUGGCACACAGAGCAACAUAGUGACUAUGUUCCAAGAUGAGUAUAAUCGAGUUCUCCAGCUUCUGCAGAGCUUCAGCUUCUGUCCUGAGAACCUGCCUCCCACCACCACCACACGUAAGCCCUUCGAGAAGAAGACUCUCGAGAAGCAGACCUCCAAGAAGCAACUGCAAGGACCUCCCAAUUACAUCUUGCAGACAGAUGAGCAGCGUGCAGCGCUUCUGGCACGCUACGGCCCUGAGAAGCUUUUCCAGGCUGAGAGGAACUUCAAUGCAGCCCAGGAUCUGGAUGUCUCUGUGUUGGAAGGAGACAUUGUAGGCGUUAUCAAGCAGCAGGACCCCAUGGGUAGCCACAAUCGCUGGUUGAUUGAUAAUGGAGUUACCAAGGGAUUUGUUUACAGCUCCUUCCUCAAGCCCUACAACCCACGCAGGAGCCAAUCGGAUGUGUCCAUUGAGAGCCAAUCAUCCAAUGAGUCAGGCUAUGGUGGCUCCUCCCCUGUUUUCUCCCGCCAGAACAGCAACAGCACGCUGACCUUUAAUCAGGAUACGGCCACCGUCAGCUUUUCCGCGGCACAGCCUCAAAGCCAUUCCUCACCACACCCUUCACUGGACUCUGGCUCCUCCCGCAGGAGCUAUCACAGAGAUGCACCUAACCCUAACUCCACCAAUCAGAACAACUCAAUAAACUCCUCACCCAGAAAUCCUUCAAAUCAUAGGGAAUACUCUGAUCAAACAUACCGAAAUUCCCCCAACCACAGAGACUCAGAUCCCUCCUACCGGUAUUCAGGCAAUCACAGAGACUCAUUUGAUGUGAGCCACGCAAACCCGGCCAGCCUUAAAGAGACGUCAGACCUCUCAGAGACAGACUCCUCUUCUUCACUCAGAAAUAACGGUUCACAAAGGUACGGCCAAGCAGACACAAGCGUCGGUUCACACCAGUGGCGAAACGGAGAUAGUCGCAGCCAGAGGAAAUCUCCCCACUCCCGAGAUGACUACAUCGAACCACAGCCAGAACCUGAGAGUGAAUUAGAUGGACAUCAGAUUUACUACGCUCUCUACUCCUUCAGUGCCCGUUGCGCAAAUGAACUGAGCAUCUCAGCCAAUCAGCGCGUCCGCAUACUGGAGUUCCAGGACAUGAACGGCAACAGUGAAUGGUGGCUGGGGGAGGCAGGCGGACGGCGAGGCUACGUACCUUCGAACUACAUCCGCAAAUCUGAAUAUACAUGAACGAUUUUUAUCAGGGGGAUGGACGAUACAUGGCAGGACUGUUUCUCCCCGAUAGAGCUCACACUGUGAGAGCAGACAGAACAAAUCACAAGCAAGCAGCUACACACCUGAUGGCUUAUUUUUGAUCUGUUGUCAUGGAGUUUGAUAGUGAGAAAAACUUCCUUUUUGGAAACUUACUAGUGUUGUUGACACUACUCUGAAAGUUAGCAUAACAUGCCUAUAUUUAUAGACUUUUUAAAAAUUAUUUUUACUUGCUGGUAACUUCUUUACCUGACUCUCCCUUGUAUCCAGUGAAAAUACCUGUGAAUUGUGCCAGGACUUUUGCCAUAUCCUCUGGGUCUGAAGAGAGUGAUUUGUAUGUUGAAGAGAACAGUUUUAAGGAUAGCACGUUGGGAUUUGCAAUGGAAAUGUGAAUGCUUUCGGUGCAGACCUCUACCAGCUGGCAUGCACACAUGCUGACUCAAACACUGUGUUAAUGACAUUUUGUGCACGUGGUUCAUUACGCCACCAGAACGGACAGCGUGAAGAUAUUAGAUGUGUUUACAGUGUACAGCAAUCAAGGUGUGUGGCACUUAGAUCAUCCUCUGGUUGCAAGUUUGAAGUGACUCCGCAGCCGUUCAAAAGGUUGAGUUUGGAGUGUGGUAUGAAAUUAAUACAGGCCAUAAGAUUACCAUCACAGAUGCAUAACAUAUCAACAGUAAAACUAAGGACACAUUUGAAUGGGAUGUGACUACAUAGGUAUGGUUUACAAGCACUCCUCUUGACCCUUUUGUCAAUAACCUGAAUGCAUUUUUUUUCCAACCGGGUCGACUUUAUGUAAGCAGGUGAUGACCACUUUGACCUGAACGAGGAGGUCAACCAAUGGGAAGAGAGAGAUUGCGAGCAUGUUGACAGAUCUUGACCCCCAUUGAUUACACCUUACUCUCCUCAUGUACAUUAUAUAUAAUGCUGUAUAUUGAGAAUGUAUUACUGCACUCAGUGUAAAGUGAUCACUGUUUGAAUAAAAAAAACAGCUCAGCUGACAAAUCAUGA